AUGGAGUACGCUUGGUAUUGGCUGGAUGAUGCUGGGCAGUGGAUUGAGUAUGGAGAAGAGCAUCCGGAUCACUGCUGUGCCACGGUAACAUCUGAAAUCCUGGAGAAGGAAUUUCAAACUGACCAUAGCAGCAUUGUGUUAUUCAGGGCUGGUUCUCAGACGUAUGAGUUAAGCUUUGAAGCCAAAACAUCACUCCGUCAUGUUUUGCAUGUCCUCCGCAAUGGGACAAAUCUGCACUGCCUGAUACCGGGUUCAAGGCAAAAGCAGCAGAUGAAGAAGCUCAGUAAAUCAAAACGGGUGGAUGAGCGGCUCCUGUUCCAUGGGACAAAUCCGUCCCACAUGCGCGCCAUCUGUGAGCAGAAUUUUGACUGGAGGAUCUGUGGGACUCAUGGGACAAUGUAUGGAAAAGGAAGCUACUUUGCCAGAGACGCCAGCUAUUCUCACAACUACUGUUCCUCUCGCAGUGGUCGCUACAGCAUGUUUGUAGCUCACGUUCUUGUUGGAGAAUUUGUUAAGGGAAACUCCAGAUACGUUCGCCCUCCGGCCAGACCCGGCAAUUCAACCAGACUUUACGACAGCUGCGUGGAUGACCCGACAGACCCUUCCAUCUUUGUCAUCUUUGAGAAGCAACAGAUUUACCCUGCCUAUAUCUUGGAGUACAGCAGCGAGGACGAAUGUGUGAUCCUGUGGGAUUAUAUAGAGAUCUUUUUCGGUGUACAGACUUGCUGCCUGGCUGGCAGUGCCUUCCAGAGGUGUGAUAAAGAUAGGAGUGGAAUAAUACCUGAUAACGAACUUCAGCGGGCAUUAUCCAACGGCAUGUGGACUCCAUUCAAUCCAGCAACAGUCAGGUCGAUUCUUGGCAUGUUUGACAGAGAAGACAAAGGUGGUGUGAACUUCAGCAAGUUCACAGGAGUCUGGAAGUCCAUCUCAGAAUGGCAGAAUGUUGUUCGAACGACAGACAGACUGCCUUCACCCUGCAAUCGCUCUCCCCUUCCUGCCUCCAAGCUGCAGGCUCUCGAGGGUGGAAAGGGAUUGCAUAAUGGACAUUUCCAGCUCACACCCUGCCUUGGUCCUUGCAAUAUUGAUUAA